AUAAAGGAGCUCCCCUUGCGACAGCGCGCCAGUGGGCAUGGAAGCUCUGCAGCCAUGAAGUUGCUCAUGCUUUUCGUUCUCCCGCAGUUCCUGAGCGUGCCGGCGCGUGGGUCCCCAACUAACUGGAGUCACGAUGACGGCGCGGUUUUCUUCCGGCAUCCGGACGGCAAUCUUCAACCUGCCAAUCACUCGUCGACAGCACCGUCCUGUCCUGGUAUCAAGUUCAUCGAGAACCUCGUUCACACCACGUCAUCAGCAGGGACAUCGACAGCGGCAGCUAUAAAGGAGCUCCCCUUGCGACAGCGCGCCAGUGGGCAUGGAAGCUCUGCAGCCAUGAAGUUGCUCAUGUUUUUCGUCCUCCCGCAGGUUAGUAAACAAAAACCUUGCCAUUGUUUUAAAUCAGACAAUGUUUGCCUUGUUAUGCUUCCAUGCCCCGAAGCUUGUAUUGAGUCUUUUAGAGUUCUGCUGCUGUUGUUGUCUGGUGAUGUUGAGCGGAACCCAGGUCCCAUGUCAAAACCCCAAGAAGAACAAUUACUUAGCUUACAAGAAACAGUCGAUAAACUUAAAAACAGUCAUGCUAUACUUCAACAAGAAGUAAACCUUUUAAAAGAAAAACAAAAACAAAGUGAACAGACAGUUUCAACACUUGAAGAGCGACUUAACAAACUCGCGAGUGAACUCGACGCACUAAAGCAGAAGGAUACUAGUAGCGCCGCGACUACUGAACCCCAGCUUACUGCUGCCUUAAACGAACUAUCUCAGCUAAAAACACGUUGCGAUGAUGCAGAGGGCAGAUCCCGUCGCUGUAAUCUUUUAUUUUUUGGCAUCACCGACGCAGACAAGGAAACGUGGGCUCAGUCAGAGUGCUUGGUCACUAGCUUGUGCUCCGAAAAACUAAACGUGCAAGUUGAAUCAUCUAGGAUUGAAAGGGCGCAUCGCCUAGGAGCAUUCGACCCUCAGAAAUGUCGCCCAAUAAUAGUAAAGUUUUCUUCGUUUAAAGAUAAAGAUAGCGUUCUUUCAUCAGCCCACAAGCUUAAAGGAACUCGCGUAGCCAUCAGCGAAGACUUCCCAAUUUCUGUCCGGCUCGCACGCCGUCAUCUUCUUGAUUUUGCAAGGCCAAAAGGCACCCCCUACAGACUGCGUCAUGAUAAACUUUUUAUAAAUGAUAAGUGCUAUGUAUUCGAUGCCGCUCUCGGCGCCGUUAAAGAAAAAGACACAUAG